AGGAAGUGAGCGCUACAUUGUAAACAUCAGCGGUUUCGGCUACUGUAGCAGCCGUGCAGCUCUGAGCGAGAGAGCGCUUAAACGCUCACUAACCCGAGUAUUCUAGUUAAACUAUGCGUGACAUCCCACCCUUCAAGUAAUGCAUGAACUUGCAGAUGAGCUUUCACACAGCUGAAGAUGGGUGUGAAGGGCUUACAGUACUUUAUGGAGGGAUGUUGCCCAGACUCUUGUGUGCCAGUGGACCUGAAACAGAUGGCAGUCGAUCAUGUCAAAGCCCAUCCGGACAGUGCCGCCACAGUAGUAGUGGACGGAAUGGCCUGUUUAAGAUACUGGUAUCGCUGUCAAGCCUGGGUCCAUGGCGGUCAGUGGCAAGAGUAUAUGCAUAUCCUUCAAGAAUUCCUGGAUGCGUUCACGGCUGCAGACAUACGUUUAGUCUUUUUCUUCGACGGAACGGUCGAGGAACAAAAGCGGGCAGAGUGGGUGAAGAGGCGGCUGAGAGUCAACCAAGACAUCGCGAGAAUAUUUCAGCACAUUAAGACUCACGGUCAGCAGCCGAACAGCAGAGACCUUUUCUGCCUUCCCUCCGGACUCGCAACCUUCUCCAGAUUUGCCCUCAAAAGCCUCGGCCAGGAAUCACGGUGCUCUGUUCGCGAAGGAGAUUAUGAGAUUUCCGACUACGCUUUGUCUCACAACUGCAUGGGCAUCCUUGGUCAAGAUACAGACUUUGUUAUCUACAACACAGUUCCAUACCUGUCCAUCAAUAAACUCAAUUUAAACAACAUGACAACAGUGCUGUUCUCCAGAGAGCGGUUAUGCCAUGUUUUGAAGCUUCAUAUGACUGACCUCCCUCUCUUGGCCUGUCUGUUGGGCAAUGACGUCGUGCCUGAGCAGCAAAUGGAGCGUCUCCGCAACAGUGCUUUGGCGUCAUACCGAAUGAAACACAAGCAAGUUCAGGGAGACAAGGUCUAUGCUGUUGCAGACUUCAUUAGCGUUCAUCAUCCCAGCAGUGAGGGAACAUUUGGAGUUUCCUCCCUUUCGUUAGUUGAAGCAGAGAAAGAAGCUUUAGAAAAAGGCAUACGCUUGUAUUUACUUACAGGACAAAUGUCCCCUUGGUUAGAAAGCAGCCGUGCCUUUCCUGAGUCUGUGUGUUUGAUGGGCAAUUAUGUACCUGGUGACAUAUUACAGGCAGCGAUGGAAAAGCACACACAGGCAGAGUGUUUCCUGGUCUAUAAUGUGUUAUAUGAUGGGGUCGUGGAGUGCAGUAACACGUUGGAAGAUGAGGAUGAGGUGGAGUUACCCCCGCAGGCCGUCUUAUAUCUUCCUGUCCGAGAACGCAUCUAUGGCCUUUUACUGCCAGUGCAGCCAGGUUGUUCUGGUCACACUGUGUCUGUCAAAGAAUGGUUCGUCUUUCCAGGAAAUCCACUUAAGGAGCCAAACAGAGUCACUCCAAAACCCCUCAACCAUCUAAAAGGGCCCCCUGAUCUGAUGGCUCUGUGGUUUAGGACGGACCCAGAAGUGAAAGCAGUCCAAGCAUCAACACUCCUGGAUGUGUUUGACCUGUAUGAGUUUACUGAAGAGCUGAAGCAGUUUGACAGCCCUUUGAUUGCUGUGAUUUGUCUUGUAACCUACAUCACCAUUCAGACGAGACAGCUUUCCCUGGAAGACGUAGAUGCAUAUCUAAGCCAAGCUGUUUGUGUCAGAUUCAAAUCCUUCAGAGAAAUGCAACAGCUCAGGUGAGACCCAUGGAGGCUGAUGAUCUGCUUCGAGAAAGACGACCCCAGCUCCAUCACAGCACACGGCAGGAGUUCAGACAGCAGCCCAGAGCUUCAGCACACUACCAGCAGGGUUAUAGACCAAGACAUCCGAAGAGAGGAAGGUAUCGCCUCGCACCUCGAUGGCCCCAGUCUCAAAACUAAACAACACUGCCUGAUGAGAAAUGAAUUACUAGGCUCUUGUGGAAACAAUUGUCACCCACAGAACAAAGCAGAAGAAUGAACUGCAUUCUCAGAUGUGAAUGUUCAUGGCCAUGUUCUUGCGUGCCUUCAUUUAGAUUCUGCCCUUUUGUUUUGACUGCAGAUGUUUGUGACAGAUGAUUCUGCAGUAUCAGUAAAAAUCACUUAAAAACAACAAAUUGUACAUGAAUGUGCAUUUUUACCAGGCAGAUUGGACAAACCCUCCCAUUCUGUGUUCAGUGAUAUCAUUGAAAGGCCUCAGAAUUAUAUCUUAUAGUGAGAUUACAGUCUUUUUUUCCCCCUUCCAUGUGGAUGAUAUGAAUCAGUGACCAAAAUGGAAGCUUCCUAAACUGUGUGCCAAACCCAUUCAUUCUGCUCAGACCCUAAUUAGUCUCAGAUGAUCUCUUACCUUUCAACUGCUGGUUUGGCGUUGACUCCAGUUGUUUGCAAUUACAAAGCUUAUUUGUCUUCCUCAACACAUUCAGAUUCUAGAUUUUCAAGCAGCCAUUCUUUAAAAAAUUGUUAAGGAUAAUGUGCGUGUCAUUUCAUCAAAAGUCGCGGUUGUGGUUCUGGCAUAUCGUGACCAAAAUGCACUUUUUUGGGGAUUGCAUUUUCAUUUUCAUCUUCGGCCAAAGUAAAAACACCAUUGUGAUACUUGUGAUUUAUUGAUCUGAUUAUGAUGAAACUGUCCCAAUACAAAAAUUCUGUGAAUUAAUUUAUUACUAUCCAGAUAAUUAGCUUUUUUUGGUGUGUCCCUCUCUUUGCCCAUAAGGCUGUGAAACAGUGCCUCUGCUAGGUAUUGUUAAACACCCCAGAGCGGAAAUAGGAUAUGGAGAAAGUUCCACAGCUUAAGUGCUUAAAGCACAGCUCUUCCCCUUAUCUACAGAGAAUGAAAGCCACAGGAAUGAAAACAGUACUAGACAAACACGUGAACCGACUAGGCAUGGCUAGAGCAUAUAAGCACAGCAGGAAAAGGAGGCGACAGAUUUACUCAUGCGAAACGAAGAUCAGAUUGACGAACCUUUGGCAGUUGAAAAGUGUUUGAAAUCGACAAUAGGGGAUCAUUGAAAACCAUGAAACCAUCAUUGCCAUCCAUUUGGAAAUCACAUAGGAGUCUGAAUGGAUGAGAAUAACUGAAAAUGUGUAGAAAAUAUGAACAGUGACUGGUAGGUAAAAGAAAUGUUUCUUGA